AUGACUCUUUCACCAGGAUAUGAGAGUAAUCAUUCAUCUAAUCUUGUUUGCAAGUUAAAGAAAUCCCUUUAUGGCCUCAAACAAUCUCCACGUGCAUAGUUUGGAAGGUUGACAAUAGCCAUAAACAAACUAAAUUAUAAUCAAAGUAAUGCUGAUAACACAUUAUUUUUUAAACACUCUUUUUCAAGGGGAGUUAUAGUGCUAUUAGUUUAUGUUGAUGAUAUUAUCAUCACAAGAAAUGAUGAAGGGGAGAUCUAAAACUUGAGCAAUUAUUUAGCCCAAGAGUUUGAUGUCAAGAAUUUGGGACAAAAGUAUUUUUUAGGAAUCGAAGUGGCACAUUCUUCUAAAGGCAUUUUUAUUUCUCAACAAAAGUACAUAACAGAUUUGUUAGCUGAAACAGGAAAAUCUGUAUGUAAACCAGCCAAUACACCUAUUGAUCCAAACUAGAAAUUAAGUAUGGCAAAUGAAGAAAUUUCUAUUAACUGUGAGAUGUAUCAACAUCUCAUUGGCCGACUACUUUAUCUAACACACACUCAACUAGAUAUCUUUAGGAAUCGAAGUGGCACAUUCUUCUAAAGGCAUUUUUAUUUCUCAACAAAAGUACAUAACAGAUUUGUUAGCUGAAACAGGAAAAUCUGUAUGUAAACCAGCCAAUACACCUAUUGAUCCAAACUAGAAAUUAAGUAUGGCAAAUGAAGAAAUUUCUAUUAACUGUGAGAUGUAUCAACAUCUCAUUGGCCGACUACUUUAUCUAACACACACUCAACUAGAUAUCUCAUAUGCAAUGAGUAUAUUGAAUCAAUUUAUGCAUCAACUUAAAGAGUGUCAUUUACAUGCUGCCUACCAAGUGCUACAUUAUUUGAAAGGCACACCAAGAAAAGGGGUUCUUUUUAAACAAAGUGAAAAGGUAGAGGUUGAGAUGUUUACAGAUGCUGAUUAUGCAGGCUCAACGAUUGAUCAAAAGUCAAUCUUCAAUCAUAUUACUUUUGUUGGUGGCAACCUUGUCACUUGGAGGAGUAAAAAACAGAAUGUAGUUGCUCAAUCAAGUGCUGGGGCUGAACUUAGGGCACUUACCCAAGGAUAUGUGAGUUACUUUGGGUCAAGAACUUACUUGACAAGUUACAAAUUCCUUUAUUCAAUCCUAUGA